GGCUUUGGCUUGUUAAAAGGGGCUACACAACUUUUUCAACACAUUCCACAGAUGAACAUAAAAGUGCUUGCAGGAGGACGACCAAAUGCAUACACUUACUCUCUUGUCAGUCUUUUAGGUAACGCUGCCAGUCUGGUUGGAGGACUUGAAGAAGGAGAGGAAAAGAACAGAGUACCAUCUGGAGUCUAUUAAAAAGCGGCAAGCAAACCUGAAUGUAAGCUGAUUUGAUUUUGAACUGUGAUUUAUAUGACCGGUGGUUGGUUGUGAUGGGCUUGGUGGCAUCAGCCAAACAAGGAAGUUGAUCUGAGGCAAGAACAGUUCCCACAUUAUCUUCUGAAUAACAGUCUCUGAUGAAUCAUUCAAAAUAAGACCAAGAAAGAAGACUGUAUGUGAUAAAGCCUCAACUCUGCUGUAAAUUACAAACAUUAUUAAAUAACUAAUGAAGCAUACAUCUCUGCUGAAGACGAGUUCAGAGGCAAUGAAGCAGCAGGUACAGGAGUGCUUUGAAGAGCUACUUAUGGCUCUGCAGAGGGAUGAGAAAGCUGUUCUGGACAUGAUAGAGCAAGACCGCCGGGAGACCAGCAGUAAACUAAACCGAAUUCUUCAAGACUGGAAUCAACACCUUGGUCUCCUGCAGAAACACAUCAGCACUAUUCAGUCAGCUCAACAGAGCUCCGCAGAAUCCAUGAAGCAGCCUUUUCCUGAGGAUUUUACUAGCUGUCAUAAGAAACUGGACCCAGCUGAAGAGGAGAUCAAAAUGAAUGAGGAAAGGAUCCAGAAGCUCAUGAAGGUUCUUAGGAACAUCUCAAAAGAUCUGAAAACCCAGCUACAACGAAAGAACCUGCUGCUGGACUCCUCUAAUGUGGUGUUUGACAAACGGACCUGUCACAAACAGAUCAAGGUGACCUCAGAAGGACGGGGCCUGUGCCUUUCCUCAGAGGACUGCAACAUUCCCAAUGACCCUCUAAGGUUUGAUCAGUUAUACUGCGCCUUGGGCACUGUUGCUGUUAAAUCUGGGCAGCACUACUGGGAGGUAGAUGUGCACUGCUGUUCAUCGUGGGCUGUGGGCAUGGCUUAUGGUAGCCUACAGAGGAGAGGUCGGGAAAAAGGUGCCAAGCUUGGACGGAACAGGUGCUCGUGGAGUCUUGAGUUUCAGGAUGGGCAUCUUACGGCCUGGCACAACGAUCGACAUGUGGCACUACCAGUCACAGCAGCUCGGGCAGCACCGAACAGAGUAGGGGUGUUUGUAAAAUAUCAGAAGGGUCGUUUGGUGUUUUAUGAUGCUGAGACUAUGAGAACGCUGCAGGAGUUUUCAGCUGUGUUUGACAGAGCACAUCAUCAAUUCACUGAGCCUCUUUACCCUGCCUUCCGCUUUUUUUCACCCAAAGACAAAGGCCAUCAUCAUAUGGAAAUCUGCAAUCUCAGUCUUUAAUUAUUGUUAGCAAUAUUGAAAACGGCUGUGCUGUUAAUAAAAAAAAAAACAUUUAUUUAAAGAAUAAAUCUUUGGUAACAUUAUUUUAUAAUGUUAUUGUCACUUUUGAUUAAUUUAUUUGAUCCAGUCUUUGAACAGAAGUGUUAAUUUCUUUAAAAAGACCCCAAACUUUUGUAUGGUAAUGUAGGUUAGAUUUCUUAGAUACAGGAAAUCUCUCUGAGCAUCAGUUAUUAAUACUGCAAGUAUACUAACUUGUACCAAAAAAGCAAGGUAAACUUUAAAGAACAGUCUACUGUUCUACCUUAUGCAAAACAAUGUAAAAAUGAAGCGUUCAGAUGCAAAAGCCUCUAAGUGCCAUCUGAAAUGUUCUUCUAAAAUUAGCAUUUUUAUCAGGCUCCUAUGUUUAGGUUCAGUAAUUUUACUUCAGUGGCAAUGUAUAGGUCCUUCUCUGGGCUAUUAAAGUGAAAUAAAUUAACAUUAAUACAGGAGCCUGAUAAAAAUGCUAAUUUUAGAUGAAAAUUUCAGAUGCCACUUAAAGGCUUUUGUGUCUUAACUCUUCAAAUAUAGUAUAGGAUUAAACUCCAAAUACUCAAAAAGAGUGGCACACCCUCUUAAACAAUUUUAAUGAUAUGUGGCUAUUUAAGCUUGUAUUUGCAAAGAAUUAUGUUGUAUUGUGUUUACCUGUUAUCAAUAAACAGCAAUAAACUCUUCA